AUGGAACCAAGUGUUAGCCACUAUUGUUCCCAGAAUAACCGUACCUGUCUGGAUCCCAACUAUGGGUUAACUAGCAUAUGUGAUGGCAGUCUUAGUGUGGGGAUACAGAAAUACCAUUGGUUAUUGUCAAGAUCAUUAACUAACAAUUUUCUCCAACUCCAGAUAGAUUCCAAGAACCUUUUCACCAAGGAACUCGAAGAUGCUUUAUUAAACGGAGAUGUUGAUUUUCUUGUUCAUUCAUUAAAGGACCUUCCUACUUGUCUUGAUGAUCGGUUUGUUGUGGCUGCUAUCCUGAAACGAGACAGUCCUUAUGAUGCCCUUGUUAUGCACCGCUCUUCAGAUUGCAAGGAUCUGGCAUUGCUACCUCCUGGAAGUGUCAUAGGUACCAGUUCACUACGGAGAAUUGCCCAGCUCAAGCGUAAAUAUCCACACUUAGUCUUUGAAAGUAUUAGAGGUAACCUGAAUACAAGGUUUAAAAAACUAGAUGAAAACAACACAUAUAAUGCCAUGAUUCUUGCAGUUGCUGGAUUAGAGAGGAUGAAUAUGUCUCAUCGAAUAACAAAGGUAUUAGAGGAAGAUGAAUGUAUGUAUGCUGUUAGCCAAGGAGCCAUUUGUGUGGAAUGUCGCCGUGAUGAUGAAAAGAUGCGACAGACUUUAGCCUCCAUCAAUGAUGAAGAAACAGUUCUACAGUGUGUUGCAGAAAGGACAUUGCUGAAGAAAAUGGAAGGUGGUUGCAGUGUUCCCAUCGGUACCAAAACUACCAUUGAGAACAACAUGUUGACUAUUAAAGCUGGCAUCUUCAGUAAAGAUGGCUCAGAAUGUAUCAUAGAUGUAGCAGAAGUACAGCUUCCAGGAGAUGAAGAGCCUCCAUUGAAAAAGGAUGACCUUGGUGAGGCAGACUACACACACAUUGUGGCACCAAACAUUUCAUCAGGUAGACUUAAGGCAGCCAGGAAUGUUGGCAUUGAACUGGCAGAGAAACUUCUGACAGACGAAGGUCGGAAAAUAUUGGAGGCAGCAAAGCAAGCAGUGGCAAAAAUAAAGGACAUCUGCAAGAAGACAUGAUUAUUUAGGAGAAUGAAAUGAUAGUUGAGAUGAUGAUGCUGGUGAUGGGGGAAUGUUCCAACUUUGCUAAUAUCUAGCAUUCUCAGUGUUAGAUACUUCUUGAAAUAAACGAACAAAGGGUGCUAAAUAUACAUGUAGACUACUUACAUUAAUACACACAAACACACACGCGCAAGCACAAACCCCAAUGUUAUUAAUGCUAGGAGAAUAACUGCAUGAACAAAUAUGUGCCUCUAUAUAGAUGGGAAUGUAUGUAUCUAUAAGUAUGGCUGGCUUGUAUGUGUUUUAUUUAUCUAAUACAUACAUCAUUAUAAUUCCAUGGAGCAAACAAAUGUAUGUGUGGUGAGUGUGUAUAUAUAUAUGUAUAUAUAUAUAUAUAUAUAUAUAUAUA